UCCCUCCCUCGCUCGCUUCGCUUCUGCCGCCGCCGCCGUCCGUCCUUCUCGCCUGCCGCCGUCGGUCCUCCGCCCGCCCCUCUCCGGCUCGGCCUGCCUGCGUGCCAUGGGCGCCUACCUGUCGCAGCCCAGCACGGCCAAGAGCUCCGGGGACGGCGCCGGGGCCGGGCCGCGCCCGCUGCACUUCGGCUACAGCGCCAUGCAGGGCUGGCGGGUCUCCAUGGAGGACGCCCACAACUGCAUCCCCGAGCUGGACCCCGAGACCGCCCUGUUCUCGGUCUACGACGGCCACGGAGGGGAAGAAGUUGCCCUGUACUGUGCCAAGUACCUCCCAGAGAUCAUCAAGGACCAGAAAGCAUACAAGGAAGGCAAGUUGCAAAAGGCCCUGGAAGAUGCCUUUCUGGCCAUUGAUGCCAAGCUGACAACCGAGGAGGUGAUUGAGGAGCUGGGGCUGAUGGCAGGGCGGUCCCGAGACGACGGUGAUGAGAAAGAGGAGAAGGUGGCAGACGAAGAUGAUGUGGACAACGAAGAGGCCGCCUUGUUGCAUGAGGAGGCCACCAUGACCAUUGAGGAGCUGCUCACUCGCUACGGCCAAAACUGUGUCAAGGGCAAGCUAGGGCCCCCAGGCAGAGAGCUGGCCCAGGAGAAUGCCCGGGGACCGAGUCUGAAUGGCGAGGCGGAUGCUGAAGAGCUCUCGAGGCGUUGCAAGGAGGAGGAAGAGGAGGAGAAUGGCAAGCUGUGCCCUGAGUCCAGCAACCUCCCCCCUGGGCCGGAUGUGGCUGCUGGAGGGGAUGCCGGCACCCCCCAGAAAAAAGGGGCGGAGGGAGCAGCAGGAGCAGCUGCUCCUGCCACGGGGGAGGCUGAGCCCUCCUGCUCUUCUGCAAGCAAGGCCCAGCGAGCGGCCAAGUCCAAGUUCUUUGAGGACAGUGAGGAUGAGUCAGAGGAUGCGGAAGAGGAGGAGGAGGAAGAGGAGGAGGAGGAGGAGGACAGUGAGGAAUGCAGCGAGGAUGAGGAUGGCUACAGUAGCGAGGAAGCAGAACACGAGGAAGAUGAGGAGGAGGACGACACGGAAGAAGCGGAGGAGGAGGAAGAGGAAGACAUGAUGCUCCCGGGCAUGGAGGGAAAAGAAAGGCCCGGCUCGGACAGCGGCACGACGGCCGUGGUGGCGCUCAUCCGGGGCGCACAGCUAAUAGUAGCCAACGCCGGCGACUCCCGCUGCGUGGUGUCAGAGGGCGGCACUGCGGUGGACAUGUCCUAUGACCACAAGCCUGAGGAUGAGGUGGAGCUGGCCAGGAUCAAGAACGCCGGGGGGAAAGUGACCAUGGAUGGCCGCGUGAACGGCGGCCUGAACCUCUCCAGGGCCAUUGGAGAUCACUUCUACAAGCGCAACAAGAACCUGCCUCCGGAGGAGCAGAUGAUCUCGGCGCUGCCAGAUAUCAAGACACUGACCAUCAGCGACGCCCACGACUUCAUGGUCAUUGCCUGCGACGGCAUCUGGAACGUCAUGAGCAGCCAGGAGGUGGUGGAUUUUGUCCAGGCCAAGAUCACGCAGGAGAGGGAGAACGGAGCGCUGCGGUCCCUGUCGUCCAUCGUAGAAGAACUCCUGGACCACUGCCUGGCUCCCGACACAUCUGGCGACGGAACCGGCUGUGACAACAUGACCUGCAUCCUCAUCUCCUUCAAGCCCCGCCCCAGCCAGCCCUCCCCCAUUGCUGCUGCCGCUGCCGCUGAAGGGGGCAAACGGAAACUGGAGGGAGACGAGGAGGAGGCUGUGGCGGAAGCAGACGCCGACGCCGCCCCCCCCACGGAAGAGAGCUGCAGCAAGAAGGCCAGGCAGGACUAGCAGCCGCGCCGGGCUGGAAUUGCCAGCGCUGCUCUCACUGGACUCUGGUUUUCUAACGGAUGCUGAACUGUCGCUGCCUCUGAGGCAGGGGCCUUUUUUAGCCUUAGGGAAGCCCAGUUGGUCUCUGUCGUUGGGGAGGGAGGGGGGAUUCGUGAGGGGGGCCCACUGUUCUUUGAAACCAUUCCAAAGAGUGAAUGGUGGGGAGGGCCAGGCCCUGGCCGCAGAGCCCGGAAGCCCGCCCGCCCGCCCCACCCACCCCUCGCAGCCUCUCCGUGUGGUUGUUGCCAUUUCCGUGCCUGUGAUGUUUCUGUAGGCGGGGAGCAGUUUCUCAGUGUGGGGGUUUCUCGGCUGCGCUCACCCCCACCCCACACACCUCCUAUUUAAGGCCUUCUGUUUUUUAUUUGUGGGACUGGUGGCCAAGCCUCACUUUGUGUCGUUCACUUUCAACCUGAGAUUUUUUCAAACUAAAAGCCCCAAAACCGAA